AUGGCGGUGGUGCUCCUGCCGGGAAGCGUCGAGGAGGAAGAGGCGCUGACGGUCAUCAAUGCCGCGCGGCAGGACCUGCUCGUGGGCCAGCAUGUGGGGAAGCAGUGGGAUGCCACGAAGACGUCGCAUGCCCAGGGCAGCACAGGCUCUGGUCUCUUGGGGUUUUAG